AUGUUACAACCAACUGCAAAACGUUUAAAAAUGGAUCGUAUAACACAAAUUAAAGCCAUAUUAGCUAAUGAAUACACAGAAAAUAUUAAAGAUGAGGAAGUUAUAACCACCACAGUGCAGGACAAAAAAGAUAUAUCAAAGAUUAUGCAGGAAUUUUCCAGUAAACUGCCCUUAACUAAUCUACAACAUCUAAAGAGGGUCAAUGGAAAAAAAAUUAUAAUAUGCUCAACUAAUGAGUUGGUGGAAAAUGAAAAUAUAAAAGAAUUUUUACAGCUAAAAUUAAUAAAUAUAGAAUUAAUAGAAACGGUGCUAGCAAUUACCGAAAUUAUUAAAGUGCCUAAUGCGGCACCCAAACUGAGAUGGCAAUUUGAUCAAGUUAACUCUAAAUGGCCCUGUAAAUUUCAUCCUGAUAAAUAUAUGGAGCAAAGAUAUGAAGGUACAAAUUUUGCCACAGAAGACAAAGAGUUUCAUCUGAAAAUUGCUCGUUUGUUGAAAAAUGCUUCAUUAAAAUUAGCUGAUGGCAAAUGCUUGGGAGUGUGUAUAGACCCAAGAUUUAAAAGUAUAGUAGCGAUGGGUGGUAGUGAAAAGAGCAUAAGUCCAGUAAUGCAUGCUCCUAUGGUCUUAGUUGAUUUUGUGGCCAAAUCUCAAGAUGCCGGAGCUUGGAAUAUUUUAAUUGGUAAAAAUGACUACCAAGAAAGGAGUGAAAAAUCAAGUGAAUUAAGUAUGGCCGGCAUACCCAAAGCAUUUGAAGAUUUCAUAAAUAAAAGUGACGGUUUCAAAGAUCUAAAGCUGGGUGCAGAAAGAGUACAUGAAAAAGAAAAACUGAAAUUAGACGUCUCAUCUGUAGAUGGCGAUAAUUUGACAAAAUAUGGUCCCUAUUUAUGUACAGGAUACGACAUUUACCUAAGUCAUGAACCCUGCUUAAUGUGCUGUAUGGCCCUAGUCCAUAGUCGUGCUAAGAGAGUAUUUUUCUUAGAGAAUUCUAAAAACGGUGCUUUGGAAAGUAGAUUUAAAUUACAAGCUGUACCGGAACUAAAUCAUCAUUAUGAAGUAUAUCGGUUUUUAUAUGAAAAUAAUGACGAAACUAAAAAUAAAAGUUAACAAAAUAAGCAAGUAAACAA